AUUAGAGCUACCAAAUAGGAGGAGGAGGGAGGUGCAAGAAGAAGGGUGUUUCUCCAUAGUAACAAUGACAAAACAAGGCAGUUUAGCACUGGGAAGGCAAAGGGGGGACUGCUGUCAGACACACGCAAACUCCUGCAGGAGAGCUGAAGAACAGGAUCAGGUUUUACUUUGUUAGAGAAAGUUUACUGAGAGGUACCAAGUCAGAGAUGGACCGGGACAGUCACAGCGAGGACACGCUGUCCACCAUGGUUCUGGAGAACGUUAAGAACAAACUAAUCCAUGCCUUUAGGGUGACCACAGAGUCCAGAGGAGAUCCAGGAGAGUCUGACUGUGGCGACAGGUCGAUGAGCAUCAGGAGGAGUCGCCAGGCGAAUGAGGAGCUGAGGCGGGCGCAGAUAGAUGGAGCUAUAACCUGGUUGAGAUCCGAACUGCUGGAAAUGCGCACUCAGGACCUCCAGCUGGCUCAGACGCUGCUAGGGCUCAACUCAGAGAUCCAAAGACUGAGGAGGGAGAGUUUUGGUGGGAUGGAAUUGCAAGGGGACGAUCAGCCAUGAGCAGACCCCACAAGAUUGCUUUUUAUCUGAGAAGGACUUAAAACUGAAAAAAGGAAUCCAUGAAGAGAGAAGAAAAGAGUCCAGCACAGCUGUGAAACACUGAAUGCAUUGUAUAAAACAGAGUAGAUCUGCUGCUUGGACACUAAUUAAGUAAACAAAAAGAACAUUAAAUAAAAAAGCUUCGCACCUCUGCAGCCUUGUUCUUUAGACAGCUAUCUAGUUUCUGGAAAACAUUUAAAGCAAAUUAUAAUUUAGGAACAAUAAAUA